AUGAUUUCGCCGACGUUUAAUGGGUUCGGCGGUGGAAGCGUCACGUCACGGCGGGACAAGGACGGCCUCUGUGAGCGGCUGAAUCCUCGGCGGUCGGGGACCGGCGGCGGCGGCUUCGCGAUGGGGAAGAAGAAGAAGAAGAGGAAGAAGUCGUCCUCGGCGGCGGCGGAGGAGGAGGAGGGGCCGGUGUACUGCACGGUGUGCAGGCAGACGUGGUUCGGCGGCCGGGGGCAUGUACACGGCGUGAGGCACCAGGCGAGGCUCGGGGCGCUGCUAGGCCGCUUCGCGCUGAAGGUUGAAGAGGCACGUAAGACUCUUUCACAAGUGAAAGUGGAGAAAUACGACUUUACCCGGCACGAGGAGAAUUUCUGGUGUCACUGCUGUAAUGGAGACGCGAAGAAGCACAUCACGAAUGAAAGCCUUGCCGUGCUGUACGGAGGACUGUUGGAACACUUUGCAAGCUUGGAACACUUAAAACAAACCAACAAAUUCUGGUGGGAACAUAAAGCAGACAAAAAGUUGAAAGAGAAGUUUCUGCUCUCAGGCGAUGUUUAUGAAAAGUUCAAAAUAGCUGUCGCGAAGGCAGUGGAAAACUACGAAGAGAAGGAAGAUGAAUAUAUUAAACAGGAAGCAGAGUACAUUCGCGAAGUGGAUCGGAGGAGGCAGGAGGUAGUGCAGGCUGCCUUUGAGCCACAGACAGAGCAACAUUCUAUCGAUGGACGCCUGGCGUUUGCAGCCACUCAUGAUGGUCAUGUUCUUGGAAGCUACAUCGCCGAACAGGCAGAAGCUGGACCAAGUGGAGUGAAUAACACCAGUCAUUCUGGUGACAUGACAAACGGACAAGCCUUGACUUUCAUUGGUAACCAGUUCCAGAUAUCAAAAUCAGAAGCUGGAAAUAUUCACACAGGUGCAACUCCACCAUGGCUUCUUGAUGAGGAGGAUGCAGAAACACCAAAACCAAUAGGACCAUCUUAUGAAGAGUUUCUCCAGCAGAAAGAGAGAGAGAAACUGAAGAAACUUCCUCCAAAUAGAGUUGGUGCCAACUUCAACCACUUGUCAGAAACAGAUGAUUCCUGGUUGCCUUCGUUUGGCAGAGUGUGGAAUGAUGGCAGGAGGUGGCAAUCCAGGCAUCAGUUCCGGUUGGAAGAAGGCAAGAAAAGCAGAAAGCGCAGAAGAGAUGACCAGUAGAGCUGAUUAAAUUGGAUGUGUUUAAACUGAGCAUAAUGGCUGCUUUUGGAAUGUGUGGUGUACUUUGUAACUGUAAAUUGCACCAAAGGUUUAUCAAAUUCAUAACUGAAGUCAUUUAAUAACUGCUCGUUAUACUUUGAUAAUACAAUUACUUGGCUGGGAUUGAAUGCCCGUGAUAGCACGAGUACAGGCCAUUCCUGGGUAAUGAACAUGUUGUGUCUUUGCAGACAUCCAUAAAGUAAAAAAAAUGCACAAAACUUGCUUUCACGGUACUCUAAUGAACAGAAGCAGUGAUCAGAUAGAUCACUAAGGGGAGGCAGAGGAUACUAAUUCUGUAGCUUCGAUUUAAAUAAUUGUGAGAGCUUGAUCAUAUGAGUGUCCACAAAUUGAGUUAUGUAAUUUGGGGAAUGGCCAGUAAGCCUGAACAGCCUUGGCCCAACCUUGUGAAUAGAUUUCCCUCAGUGCUGAAAGGACAAAUUUCAUCUUGCUAAAUAUAAAUGUAGUCCAUAUUUCCAUUUAAUAUUAAGCAUGAUCUACAGGCUCUCACUCCAGUGAAAUAAAUGUCUAAUACAGAUAUAGCAAUUGAGAAUUCCAUCCUUGCAUGCGUUUGGGCAACUCAAUAAUUACAAUUGUUUAGGCAAUUUGCAAUUGGAGCCAUUGGCAUACAGCACAGAAAUGGGCAGUUUGGUCCAAUGCUUUUGCACAGAUCUACACUAAUCCAUUUGCAUGCAUUAGGUCUGCAUCCUUCAAUGCCUUGACUAUCAAGUACCCACCUGAACAUUCCUGAAAUGGCAUUUAAUCACCACCAGUCCCAAUAUCGUUUCUCUCAUUUUGAAUAUUUGCAUUAUUUUUGAUAACCCCUACCAUGGGUAAAACAAUUCAACUAUCCCUUCUAUGCAUCAAUUUUCUCUUUCAGGUAACUCAUAAGCCACCUUAAUUCCGGGGAAGCAAUCUCUCCCCAUUAAUAAAGGCCUCCAAUCCAAUGAAGACUGUGAUGAAUUUCCUUUCCAUUCUUCUCUCGCACAAGCUCAUCCUAAGUGAUGAGAGCUGUGCACAACACUCCCCAACUGCACUCAAACCAAUGUUUUGUACAGUUGCAACAAACCCCCAGUUUAAUUUUCCAUGCCCCACUCCACGAUGGUAAGUUUUCAAUAUCUCAUCCGCCUGUGUUGUGAUGGACUUAAACCCCAAAAUCUUGUUCAACAUGUACUGCUCUACCAUCGACUGCCUGUUGUGCCUCAUUUGACUUCCUGUAAUGUAUAUUGUUUAAGUUCAGCUCCCUUGUUGCAGUGUCUUAGCAGUUAAAAUAAACAUUGCCAGUUUACUGGCAGCUUGUUCAAUAA